UCAAUCUAAAAUAUUUUUAUUGCUAUUUAAAUAUAACGACCAAUCAGAGAGAGAAUAAAUAUGUGCAUUUAUUGGAUACACACAAAAAAUAUAAAUAAUCUUCCAACGACUCUACCUUCUUCCUUUAACUCAAUUUAGCAUUUUAGCCACAAAUUUAACCUUACAAUCACCAUAAAAUCCUCUAUAAGUAGACUAAUUCAAGAAGCUGUUGAAUCACCAAAUUAUAUUGUCAAAUAAGUAUUUAAAAAACAUUCUUCAAAACAAAUAUAUAUUCAACCAGCUGCAUUAUAUAAUAAUGUCUAGCUCAACUCUUUUGAAACUAACCUGUGCAGUAGUAAUGGGCAUGGUAGUGCUCGCACCAUACGCCGAGGCAGCUGUGACCUGCGGCACUGUGAAUGGAAAUCUUGCGCCAUGCCUGGGCUACCUAGAGGGCAUGCCUGGUCCAAACACCGCCUGUUGUUCAGGAAUUAUGGCCCUAAAAAAUGCAGCUACGAGCGUAGCUGACAAGAAAACUGUAUGCAAUUGCCUUAAAAAUGCUGCAAACGCCCUUAAGGGUGCUAUUGAUAUUAGCAAAGCUGCUGGUCUCCCUAGCAAGUGUGGUGUUAGCAUUCCUUACGCCAUUAGACCUAACACCAACUGCAAUGCCAUCCAUUAAAUGGAUAAUGUUGUAGCGAAAGAGUAAUGGAGCAACCUAAGAAGUGGCCCCUUUUUAGCAGAUCGAGUGUAUAAUAAGGAGCAGUCCUCAUAAGACUCCAUCUUUGGCGACUCAACUUGUAUUUCUUAUUUAAUGCAUGUACCUUUUGUAAUCUACUUAUCUCUUAGUAUUUUAAUGCUAUGUAUUUAAUAUUUUUAAUGCUCCUUUAUUUAUUCUUAUUUGAAAUAUAGAGGAUCGAUGUUUCAUUUCAUGUUUUAAUUCUUAAUACAAUUUGAUCAUUAUUAGA